GGUCAUCCAGGUUAGAGCCUGUGCAAUUCUUAGGCUUUCUUUAAUGCUCCUGUUCAUCCGGUUUCAUUUAUAAAUAUUCCAUCCACCUUGUUCUCCAGUUGUGCCCUCUGGGGCUUGGGGUGUUCAGAAAACUGUAUCAUCAGGCAUAUUGACUUGCUUAGUGGAAAACCGUGCAAAGGGUUGUUGUUGUUUUUGUUUUGUGUGUGCGUGUAACUUUUUGCAAGACCCAGCAGAUGGGCUUUCUCAGCUAAGGCAAGGGUCCUAAAUAGGUCUAGGAAUUUAGGCAUCUGUGGGCCCAACAAAAGUUUUCAUUUAUAUCCCCACCAUUCUUCCUAAUGGGCACUCAAAGUGGUGCAAGUCAUUUUCCUCUCCUCCAUUUUUCCUUGCAAGAGCCCUGUUAAGUACAUUAGAGUGAGAGCAUUUGAUUGGUCCAAAGUCACCCAGCAAACUUUAAAGGAAGAGUGGGGAUCAAACCAUAGUCUCCCAGAUCAUAGUCUCUGACAGUGUGUUUUCUAAAUCAACAGGGUCAGGCAAAUGGUGGUACCCAUGAAAGGAUGUGCAUGUAAGACCAUUGAAGACGUUUCCAAUAAAUAGCUAUUGUCUCUAAUAUUGUGGAGCCACACUGAUUGUGUAGCUGCUGUAGCCAUGGUGCAAGGAGAAAUCUGGGAAAGCCAUCACCACAAGGGCUUUUGGAAGCACUGCUGUUCUUGCAGAAUCUUCCAGGCUGUGUCACUCUGCCUUCUUAAGCAGAACAGGAAAAAGAGUCUUUUAUAUCUUCAAGCAGAACAGGUUGGACCACAAAAAAGAGGAUCCCUUUGACCUAGUGGCAGUUGCUAUAUUUCCUGGUUUCUGCUUGGGGAGGAGCUAAGUUUUGCCACCUGUCGCAGUUCACAGGCGUGGCAUGUCCCCAGAAGCGCCAGCAAGAUAUGAACUUGGAACAGCCACUAGUGCUGGAAGGGCAGGGAGCCCAGCAUAAUGGCUACCAAGAUAAUGUAAACAGCCAGUUUUCUGAGGUUCCCAGGAACCUCAGGCUCAUGCCCGUCCCACUCCGCCCACGCCUGCAAUGGGAUGAGUCUCUGAGUCCCUUGCGGAUUAGCGUGGGCAGCCUCCCAGUGCUGGCGUCCAUGACCAAGGCAGCUGACCCCCGUUUCCGCCUCCGCUGGAAGGCCAUUGUGGCAACUUCUCUGGCCUUGGCCCUUGUGCUGCUACUUCUUUGCUUCCAGCGUACGCCCUCAGUAAGCAGGCCACUGCCUGCCAACGCUCAUAACUGGCGGGUCAGCGUGCUGCCCAGCGAACGGUACAAUGACACAUACCCUCUGUCACCAGCCCAGCGCAUCCCUGAAGGCGUGCGAUAUCGCAUUGGACUCAUUGCUGACCUGGACACAAACUCCAAAGCCUCCAGUGAGCAUACCUGGUUCAGCUAUUUGAAAACAGGUUACCUGAUACUGUCAGCCAGUGGGGAUCAUGUCUCUGUCGAGUGGGACACCAAGGACCAUAAACUGGAGUCUCACCUGGCUGAGAAGGGACGCGGCAUGGAGCUCUCUGAACUGGUAGUGUUUAAUGGCAAGCUGUACGCUGUGGAUGAUCGCACGGGUGUUGUCUACCAAAUCGACGGCACCAAUGUGGUACCUUGGGUGAUCCUGUCAGAUGGGGACGGCAGCAUUGGCAAGGGUUUUAAGGCUGAAUGGCUGGCAGUGAAAGACGAACAUCUGUACGUGGGAGGCCUGGGCAAAGAUUGGACAACAGCCACAGGUGAAGUUCUCAACCAGAAUCCCGAAUGGGUGAAAAUCAUUGGCUACAAAGGUGAUGUGACUCAUGAGAACUGGGUGGCCAAUUACAAUGCACUCAGGGCGGCAGCAGGGAUUAAACCCCCAGGUUAUUUGAUCCACGAGUCUGCCUCCUGGAGUGAAACACUCCAGCGCUGGUUCUUUCUGCCUCGCCGAGCCAGUCAUAAACGUUACAACGAACAGGAGGAUGAACGACGUGGCACCAAUUUACUUCUUAGUUGCGCACCAAACUUUGCCGAUAUCACUGUGAGCCAUAUUGGUGAUAUCACUCCCACCCAUGGCUUCUCUUCCUUCAAGUUUGUUCCUGGCACAGAUGACCAGAUCAUUGUGGCACUGAAGUCUGAGGAAGAUGCAGGACGUUUGGCAACCUAUAUCACAGCCUUCACCCUGGAUGGCCGUUCCCUACUGCCUGAGACCCGCAUUGGUUCUGUCAAAUAUGAAGGCAUUGAGUUUAUUUAGUUGAGAGGAUGGACAUUUUAAGAUAGGACAAGUGGACUAGCGGGGGUGGGGGGGGAUCUCCCUUGGGCGUCUUCCUCUCCUUGCCAAGAAUGAUAGGACUAAGAAGUGGCAUAAUUUUCAUCACCAUAAAAGCAACUUUCUUACUGCGCGUGUGGCCUGAUUGUUUCUGCGCUGACCCCUAGUGGUGCAAGUUGGGUGGUGCCUCUACAGUUUACUUUUCUCUGUAUCAUGGCAUCCUACAAGGGAUUUGUCUAGUUUCCUUCUAUCUACCCACUUUACUCGUUUGGUGGGUGAGGAGGAAUGAACUGUUUGUUCUUCCUACCCAACUCCAUCACCUUAAACUUUAUUUACUAUGAUUCACAUGUGCCUUUGCUGGGAAGGGGAGGUUUUGGCGCCUGAUUCUUCAGCAAGGAGAUUAUACAGUUACUGAGAUUGUCCAAUUAAACCCUUCAUCCUCCUCACCCCAUCCUACAGUUGCCUUGAUAUUGAUUGGACAGGUGCUUCUCUAUGAUGAGACUGGGUUUCUGAUUUGGGAACCGGCCUUCUUGCAGUAGUGAGGGGAUAACAGCAUAACUGGGCGUUGGUGUAUUUUGAGCUAGAGCAGAGGCGUAUCUAGGAAAAUGGAGCCCGGAGACACAAUCUGAAUUUUCCACACACACACCCCUCCACAGGCGCCCAGGUUUACUGCCCAGAGCCCAGGUCUACCACCUGGAGCCCAUGCCAGCAUUCAAGUCUACUGCCCUGAGCUGGUGCCGGCGCCCAGGUCUAUGUGCCCCAUGUUACCCCAUGUCCCAUAGGUGGUAUGCCCCUGAGCUAGAGUGUUGGUUCGAGGCAAAAAAGAUCCCUGAGGCGCUGUGUGCCAUCUGUAAUAUUGAGGCAUGAUAUUCUAGAAUGCUGCAUGUAUUCUCCAGAAUGUCACAAACCAUCUUUUAGAGUCAGCUCAAUGACUCUAAAUACUUCAGAAGUUACGUGUUGGAACAAUCCAUCCUGUAUAGGAUGGGGGUCAUCAUUAGAGAGGUCUGUUCAUUACCACAGUCCUUUUUUACCUCAUAGUUUUUAAAAGGGAGGUUUAGGUUAGGAUUCAGAGUCAGGAAGCCAAAAUCCUGUAAGAGUGUUACAGUUAGAAUAAAUGGAAUGAGUUUGUUGGACAUGUGUGUUCCUCGGUUUCCUUGUGCUAUGAGAGGGGCUCUGUGAGCCCUUUUUCCUGGGCAGGUGCAUUAACAGCAAUCCUAGCAUGGUGUAUACUUCUCACAAUCAGUUAUCAAUAGCCUUUCCCAAUCCAAGAGCCUGUGAUAAUUGAUUGUUCUAAUGAUUUUUCAUUUGAGUCACAAGUCAUAACUUUGCAUAAGAGGUCCUGACAGGUAAACUUUUGUGUGUGUGUAUGAAUCUUAUAAAGACAUUUGGGGGAUAUCCCAAAAGUACUUUUAAUUUGCACCAUAGCAUACAUGACUGAAACCUUUUUUCUCUAGAAGUAUGUUCUAAUACAAAACAAGUGACAUUGUUUUUAGCAGUGCUCUUGAGAUGCUCUCAUCCUGUACUUUAGGUUUAUCUGUACAUGACUGUUGAAUCAAUUUGUAUAGGUGUCAAACUCGCGGCCCUCCAGAUGUUAUGGUCUACAGUUCUCAUCAUCCCCUGCCAGCAUCAUGCUGUCCAUAACAUCUGGAGGGCCGCAAGUUUGACAUCUGUGAAUUAUGGGAUGGUGUUUAGAGGAUUAGAUCGCUAGAUGGCACCACCUGGAUGUUGCACAGUCUGGUGGUUGUUUCUCAGCUCCUCCAACCUUCCCAGCAAGACCGGGGUGCUGCAGUGUUUACAUAAGUUAUGUCAAGUCAAAUCAAAUGUGUUCUACUAGUUUUUACUGUUAAAUAUCAAUAAAAUUUAGAUGACAUUGUAAAAUAUAAACCCACAUUCAGAACAAAAAUAAAUGAGGUUGGCAUUCAAAAUUCAUAACCAUUUUUUUUUGUUUUGGAUGGAAAGUGUUACCGUGUCGGUAAAAUGGAACAGGACUGACUUCUGUUGCUUCAAUUCAACGGAAAUCUGAUCCGGCAAAAGCGGCCAGGGAGCGGCUACUGUCUACAUCUCAGAUGUCAGACUGGAAGGCACCGUCAGAGGGGAACUGAGUACCAUUUAUCCAUGAUCUCACUCUUGUUGCUUGAGGGUUGUGUUUUGCUUCUGACAACCACAAAUGUGAGCACACAUUUGAAAGGACAGAAAAAAACCACUACAUCCUUUAUCCUUUUACUUGGUGUGAUGGAAAGAUGAGCUAAUCUUCAUACUCAAGAAUCAAGAUCUUAUGGAUCUCUGCUAAAGAUCCCCGUGAAGCUGGUUUAUGUUCCAUAGACCGCUUCUUGUCAAUAGGUCUUCAAGAUCAUAUCAGUAAAGGAAAAGCAAGAAAAUGCACUAAGCCCCCUCCCACGCUCUGUCUGUACCCUGCCCCUGCUACAGGGUUUGCUCUCCCUUCCAAAGAAUGGGAACCUGCUCCCAUAGGUGUAACCUGAUGUUCUGAUCAGUUCCCAUUCUGAAAGAAUACGGAUGAUUACUUCUUCAGAUCGUCCUUUUGGUACUGCCCCAUCACGAUCUUAAAGGGCACGACUGGUCAUGACAUCAUCCUGCAACCUUUCCUUGGUCUACAAAUGCCAUUUUUUGUGCACAUAAGAGAGAGGCUGUUCCAGCCACAUUUGCAGUUAUCAUCAUGUUUUGUUUUUUGGAGUUCCAGCCUGAGGCUUUUAUAACCUGGAUUGCUAUUCCCUGAUUCCUCACAGUUUUAACCAUGCUCCUUAUCUUCUUUAAAAUAAGGGGCUUGUUAAUUUUGCUGUUGCCAUAUGGCCACCAGGUGGCAUCAAUACAAAUGACCAUGGUGGUGUAUUUCAGUUGAAUCACACAUUGCUGAUUUUAACUAUUUUUAACCUGAGCUUGUAUGUUUAAGCAUUCAAAUAAAAAAAAAACCUGUGCUUAGA